AUGCAUGUGCCGUGCACUUACACACGGAUAGUUAACCUUCUGUUGCCUGUCAUUGCUCGCGAGCGCGUCCUGGUUUUGUCGACGUUCAACGACUGCCGUGCGCCAUUCACCCAUUUUCUUUCUCCUCCUCCUGCUGCCCCUGUCCGGUCGCAUCACGAGAUCGCCCUCCUCCGUCGACUGUCCGCCGAUAUGAUGACACUCGUCGCAGACGCCACCGGCACUUGCGUGCUGCCAUUCGUCGCCUUCACUCUGGCUGCGUUCGCCCUGGCCUUCGUCGUCCGAGCCGUCUACGACGUCUACUUCCACCCCCUGAGUCGCAUCCCAGGUCCGAAGAUAACGGCCUGCAGCAGACUGCCGUACGUCCACAUCCUCCUUCGCGGCGACCUCGUCCGCUGGCUUCACCGGCUGCACGAGCAGUACGGUGAGGUGGUCCGCAUCGCCCCCGAUGAAGUCUCCUUCAUUUCCGAUGCCUGGCAGGACAUCUACGGCGUCCACCACGGGGAAAGGGCGGCCAAGGGAUCCUAUCUCAAGGACCGCCGUUGGUUCGCCGAACCGUACAACGAUACCUGGUCCAUUCUCCAGGCCGACGCCGAGGCCCACCCUAGGAUGAGAAAGAUGAUCGCCCCGGCCUUCUCCGACAAGGCCUUGCGGGACCAAGAGUCCUUGAUCCAGCAGUAUGUCGAACUAUUUGUUCGGAGGCUUCACGAGCAGGCUGAAGGCGAACCAAAGGGCGUCGUCGACCUUGUCAGGUGGUUCAACUUUUUCACCUUUGACAUCAUCGCCGACAUGACGUUCGGCGAGUCCUUUCACUGCCUGCGGGACAGCGACUACCAUCCCUGGGUCCGCAUGCUCUUCCAUUCCGUCAGGGCCAUUUCUCUCAACAGCGCCAUCCGCCGCUACCCCAUCUUCCAGGCCAUGGUCAAACGUCUGGCGCCCAAGAACCUGCUCGAGCAACGGAAAAAGUUCAACAUGUUCGUCUUCGACCGCGUCGGCAAGCGCCUGUCAUCGGAGCCCGCCCACCCCGAUCUCAUGUCGCACAUACAGAAGCACAAGGAUAAGCCAAAGGGCCUCAACAGGGACGAGAUCGACAGCAACGCCAACGUUUUGCUCGUCGCCGGAAGCGAGACUACCGCGACGACCCUAUCUGGCUGUGCCUACCUUCUCAUGUCCAAUCCGGAAAAGCUGAAGAAGCUCACGCACGAGGUCCGCACCAGGUUUGACCACCCGUCCGAGGUCACCAUCAAGGCAGUCAGCAGCAUGCCCUACCUUCACGCCGCCCUGACGGAAGCCUUACGCAUGUAUCCUCCGAACGCCGCCGGCUUUAUGCGCAUCGUUCCCGGCAAGGGCGACUUCAUCGGUGGGCAUUGGAUACCGGGAGGGACAUCCGUCUCCAUCUCUCAAUGGCCCGCCAACCACUCCACCCGCAACUUUGUAGAGCCGUUUACCUUUGCCCCCGAGCGUUUCUUGGGAGAUGACCGCUACGAGAAAGACAAUAGGGCUAUCCUGAACCCCUUUUCCUUUGGGCCCCGAAACUGUCUCGGCAAAUCACUUGCCAACGUCGAGAUGAGACUCAUAAUGACGAGGCUUCUCUUGGACUUUGACAUGGAGUUGAUGGACCCCGCUCAGGAUUGGAUGGAUCAGAAGGCAUUCACGUUGUGGGAAAAGUUGCCACUAAUGGUUCGGCUGAAGCCAGUACGCAAGUAUAACCCCCCGAGCUGA